GCGUGAAGUUAAGGGCGUCAUGUUGUGAGGAGAUGGGGGCUGCGGUGACUCGCGCAAUCAGAAAUUUCAACCUAGAGAACCGGGAGGAACGGGAAAUCAGCAGGAUGAAGCCCUCCCCCGCUCCCAGGCACCCGUCCACCAAGAACCUCCUGCGAGAGCAGAUGAGCAGCCAUCCAGAAAUUAAGGGAGAAGUUGCUAGAAAAGAUGACAAACUACUGUCAUUACUAAAAGAUGUGUAUGUUGAUUCCACAGAUCCUGUGUCAUCUGUGCAGGUGAAGGAUGUGGGAACACGUCAGAAGCCAAAGGAGUUCAGGUUGCCGAACGACCAUCACUCUGACAUGAUGAAUGUUAAGAACAUUCCGAAAGGCAAAAUUUCCAUUUCAGAGGCACUGACACUUCUUAAUAAUCAUAAACUUUUUCCAGAUAAAUGGACUGCUGAGAAAAUAGCUGAAGAAUACCAUCUAGAACAGCAAGAUGUAAAUUCCCUUCUCAAAUAUUUCGUUACUUUUGAAGUCAAAAUCUUACCCCCUGAAGGCAAGAAAGCAGUACAAUCAAAAUGAAGAGAAUCUUGAAAUUACUUUUCCUUUAUGUACUCCGUGUCCCCAUACCCUGUUUAUUUUCUCAUUUUUAGCAUAUUAAAUUAUAUAAAUUAUCAAAUGUGUUAAGCUCCCUCCUUGUGAGAGCAUGCUAUUUAUUGAACUCUGCUGAAUUUUCAGGAUUGCUGAUAGGAUUAAUUUUGUUCUCUUUUGAACAUUAAUUUGGUUUAGGCAUAUGUUCUUAUGUAAUAGCGUGACUAAUCAGCACAGGUAUAAAUUUAUUAUAAAUAAAAAAGUUACCAUAUUUUAGGCAAAUCAUAUCAUCAGCUUUUAAAUUGAUCAUAUAGCCUCUUGGGAAAUGUCCUGAAUCCCUCGUUUAACAUUCAAAGCUGCACCUUUCAGUUUAGAUGGUUAGUUUGUUCUUCCUAUGGAAUAGAGAAAGUAAGAGUUUUCCUGACUCUUAAGACUGUGACUUUUUUUGUUAGGGAACAGAGACUUGACAGUGAGGUCAGAUAACAGUAUUUCCGAAUAAAGGCAGACAGGAGACUGGAUACAAAACGGUAGAAACUAUAUUUUUAUUAAUGCUCCAAGGAAGAAUUAGGGAGGACUUACUUUGUUUUGAAUGAAUUUUAUGUAUGAAAUAACUUUUUAAAAAUAUGAACAGAAAUUGGUGUUUAUAAAAUUUUAGCAGUCUCUGCUUUGACAAACAGGUAAGUCCAAAAGUUUUCAGAGAGGCAGGCAGUAGUGGAACCUAUCUGAAAAAAAUAACUUUUCUAUGGACUUAAUGUAGAAAUAGUAGAAAAUUUUAAACAGUGAUUAAAUCAAAGAACCAUGUUAAGUUGAAUUUGGUGAUCAAAUACGUUUUUUUUUUUUUUUUUUCUAAUUUAAGUGCUAGUUGAAAGAAGAGAGAGAAAAUAGCAAGUAGAAAUAUAAAGUGUGAUCACUGGAAGGGACUUAGGAAAUUGCUGCUUCAUCCAUUUAACAAACUUAUGAGCACAGUGUG